UCGCAUAGUCUUGCCUUAAUGUCAGGGUCAUUAUCAAGUUUGUCUUAAUCCCAACUUGUGCAGUAUUAUGUAAAAUACAGCAAUUAACAACAUUUGUUACUUCUUAUGCAAAUUUUUAAUUUGGGAAAUAUUACCAAAAAAAUACAUUUAUUUUGGCAUGAGCAGUAUCUUGGUGAUAAUCACCAGUUAUUGUCGUGCAGCGAGUCUGACCAAUCACACCAACAUAAACAAAGAUGCAUCAGAUAUAAACAAAGGGGCUCUCCUCAGCUACUUUCGGGGCCUUAUCGGCUCCCGAGAGAUGCGUAUAUUGAUUCUUGGAUUGGACGGUGCAGGCAAAACAACAAUCCUCUACCGACUACAAGUAGGGGAAGUUGUGACGACCAUUCCCACCAUAGGCUUCAAUGUAGAACAAGUUACUUAUAAAAAUCUCCGGUUUCAAGUGUGGGACUUAGGAGGACAAACCAGUAUCAGACCAUACUGGAGAUGCUACUACUCUAACACAGAUGCCAUCAUAUAUGUGGUAGACUCUGCUGACAGAGACAGGAUAGGCAUUUCUAAACAGGAACUUGUUUCAAUGUUGGAGGAAGAUGAGUUGAAAUCUGCUAUAUUAGCAGUCCUGGCUAAUAAACAAGAUAUGGAAGGUGCCAUGACAGUUGCAGAAGUACACUCUGCUCUAGGUUUGGAUGCCCUGAAGACCCGAACCUUUCAGAUAUUUAAGACCUCUGCUAUUAAAGGGGAAGGCCUAGACCAAGCAAUGGACUGGUUAGCUAAUGCCCUUGCUACCAGAAAAUGAGACACAUUUUUUAAAUAUAGACAAUGUGCAUAAGAGGUGUGCAAUUUUAGGUAAAUUUAUUAUAGAAACUCUUUACCCUAAUACAGACACAGAUGAUAAAAAUGGAGAUACAUAGUAGAGUGGUCAGUUGUAGUGUAGUCUGGGUUCAUGAAAUGGUUAAUGUCAUCAUGACGACCUAAAAUCAAUAUCCAGUGAGAGUGAGGCUUUCCUUGCCCUGGUUUAGCACUUUUUCUGAUUAUAAUAAUAAUUUCCUUGCCUAACACAACUGUUUAUUUUUUUUUUUUUUUUUCCUCCAAACUGGCCAUACCCUACCAAGGCAGGGUGACCUAAAAAGAAAAAAGUUUUGUUAAGACAUAACUAUAGAUUAUAAACAAUGAUUUUUGUGUAAAUUCUUUUCGUUGAUAAUUUUGGCAUCAUUCCACCACAAAGUAGUAGCAGUGUGAAUAACAUUAAUUAACAUUAUUACCAUUAUGAGUAUGUCUCACGUAUUAUCUCACAUUCCACUAGAUAUCUCAUAAAAUCCAGCUUUGUUUUCAACAAUACUUUUGGGUUUCUUGCCGGUUAAAUCUCUGUAUGUGAUGUUGGUACUUAAGAUUACACUUAAGGAAUGCACUGUGGGGGAGUUAACACAAGUAAGUGGAGAUUUGUUGAGCUUGGGGGUAUUAACCCUUAGACUGUCGCAGGCCCCUUUCUGAAACUGUCAUUCUGUGUUGAUAAAUUUCUGGAAAAAAAAAAAACAAUUUUUUUCUUAUGAAAUGAUAGAGAAUCUUUUCCCGAUGGUAAUGACAUAAAAAGUACGAAAUUUGGUCGAAAACUUGCGGAAUUACGCUCCCGCGAUGUUAGCGGUCUCGGCGACAUGUACGCAUCAGCCAUUUCAGCAUAGUUGCUGAUCCCCUUACAUGUGUUAUAUAGCUUAUCUGAGUAUCAUAGUACCAUCCAUAUGUUUUAUAUACACGACCCAUUUUGCUAGACCUAGGGACUAGUUUGUGUGACGUCACGUGAUGCUGUUGCGAGCCCGUCGCGCUCAGGGAUCCCUCUCAGAUCCGUUCGACCUACCAGGCAGCUGCAGGCAGGCUGGGCCUCCCUUACCACAGUCUGACAAGUGUGUUUAACUUUUUUUUUUUUUUUCAACAAGUCGGCCGUCUCCCACCGAGGCAGGGUGACCCAAAAAAGAAAGAAAAUCCCCAAAAAGAAAAUACUUUCAUCAUCAUUCAACACUUUCACCACACUCGCACAUUAUCACUGUUUUUGCAGAGGUGCUCAGAAUACACAGUUUAGAAGCAUACACAUAUAAAGAUACACAACAUAUCCCUCCAAACUGCCAAUAUCCCAAACCCCUCCUUUAAAGUGCAGGCAUUGUACUUCCCAUUUCCAGGACUCAAGUCCGACUAUAUGAAAAUAACCGGUUUCCCUGAAUCCCUUCACUAAAUAUUACCCUGCUCACACUCCAACAGAUCGUCAAGUCCCAAGUACCAUUUGUCUCCAUUCACUCCUAUCUAACACGCUCACGCACGCUUGCUGGAAGUUUAACUACAACCAUUUAAUCUCCAACGAACCCCGACGACAAAUGGUGGCAUCGGAGGGCCUGUAAUUCUGACGAUUACAGCGAUUUCUGGAGAUAAAUUACUACUGAGCCGGUCACCAUCUUGUGACGCUAGGCUUGCCGAGACACUCUACAAUCCCAAGCCAGCUACCCCAAGCAAGCUUUCACCAGUCUCUUCAGAGGCGUGGGUUUGUAUCCUAAAGCUGCCACCAUUUGUCGUCGGGGUUCGUUGGAGAUUAAAUGGUUGUAGUUAUACACACUUGUUGGAUGGUAACACUUAUAUUGUCAGACUGUGGUAAGGGAGGCCCAGCCUGCCUGUAGCUGCCUGGUAGGUCGAACGGAUCUGAGAGGGAUCCCCGAGCGCGACGGGCUCGCAACAGUCAUGUGACGUCACACAAACUAGUCCCUAAGCCUAGCAAAAGGGGUCGUGUAUAUAAAACAUAUGGAUGGUAUUAUGAUACUCAGAUAAGCUAUACAACACGUGUAAGGGGAUAAGCAACUAUGCUGACAAUGAUAAAUACUAUACGAAAAUGCACCUCAAAGUCGGCGUUUUACUUCAAAAAAACAGUCAGUUUUUUCUUCUCAUUACGCACUGCGUGCUGCAGGAUUUUUUUGUGGUGCGCACUGACCGCACAGACCCAUUCUCUCACAUGUGGGCCUACCAGUUUUCUCCCACUUGAUUUGAAGCCGCUAGAAUUUACGCUUAUAAAUGCGUCGGAAACAGUGGUGCGUAAGACGUAUAUAUACACGACAGAAACAGUCAAAGGGUUAAUGAUCAGCAGAGCACAUCAUCUGCAGUCAUUGAUGAAAUGAGAAGGAAAGCAUAGUUUAAUAUUUUGAUGACUGUAGUCACAUUGGUCCUUAAGGUAUUCUCUAGGCACAGUGUUAGUAGCCACUACUACCAGCACUACCAUUUGAGAUUGACCAGCAAGAAAUCCACAAAUCUAGCUGUAGCCAAAGCAGAGUUAAUGACAUACUAUGUGGAGUAUAUAAGAAAGUUUGUGGGAGAGCGAGCUUAACACUUAGACACUCAUAUCGAUGAGCAUAAAUAUGACUGCCACACCGGUAUUGUUAAUAAUGCAUGUGUUAUUCACAGGAAUAACCACAUAAUUUACACCUGGAAAAUCCUAGAGGGACCAGUCCCAAAUCUGCACAUGGAAAUCACUCCUGCUUAAGUGGAAUUAUGUCAGACUUAUCAAGAGAAUUGACAUAAACUCCAUUGUUUAGAAUUUGUGGUCAUUCGUCAUAACGUAGUUUUGGAGGACAUGGGAAACUUCAGUAUUUGCAGAGACUUGGCUAAACUAAUUAGUUAAUGACAUCAGGUGAUGUCAUUAUGUACUGUAUCUUGUGCACCCUGCCUUCACUACACUGACUUUCAUGUUUGUCCCUGUAUUGUAUUGAUAAGACACCUAGUGAGUAAAACAUUUCUAUAAAAAAAGUUAUUUAAAGUUGCACAAGUAUCUUUUUAAACACAUUUGUCGGUAUUAAAUACCUUAUUUGUAACAUAGUGGGUGGAUAAUGUAAUGUGUACAUGAGGUUGUCAGCUGCCUUUGCUGUUCAGACACUUAAAUCAAAAUGUGCAUUCAUUAGAUAGGUUCUUAAAGAUUUAAUCUAGCCCUUGUGGCUUAGCGCUUCUUUUUGAUUAUAAUAAUUAAAGAUUUAAUGAAUUAAAUUAAUAUUUGAUUUCAAGAUUUCAAGGAGGUAAUGGUGUCUGGUAAGCAAUGGCAACAUGUGAUUUUUCAUUCUUUGUGUAAGUGAAUCUUUGCAGGUUUGAUGAUUGUGUGUGUGUGUGAUUUUAUAUCUAUAUAAACAUUGUUAUUUCUUUUUUACCAAGGGGAAAUAUUUGGAAACAUGAUACAUCAUAUAUUUAGUAGAGUAUUUCUUGUAUUAAAUUGGCAAGCUAAUUGAAGUGUGUGCAAUAGCUCAACCUCAAUGAUAUUCUAUGUAAACAAUGGGGUUACUGACUGUGGGCAUGUUUUAUAUUUCUAAGCAUUGGUAACUUGGCUCCAUGAAAGGUUAUGUUGUACAGUAAUUUUAAGAUUUUGUGAAACUGUUUAAAAAGUCAUUACUUAAGGUAACAGCUACUGUACUUUUACAUUACUUUGAACAGGCACUCUGAGUGGCUACUCUUAUUGACUAUUAUGCCAUUAUGACUACUUUUGUGUUAUUUUGGGUUGGCAGCCUGGGUGGUUAGUCAUGCAGAUGAAAGUAUGACAUUGGCUGUGUAGCAGGAGGUAAUUAUUCUAUAAAUGGAGCCUAAAACUGCAAACAUUUUGUGUUGGAUUGGCACUUCAUUUAUACAAAAGUCAUUCCCAGUGUUUUAGAAAAAAAAUUAGGAUUUUAGUGGAAAAUGUAAUAGUGUUUUGGUAUAUACAGGUGAGCCAUCACUGAUUCGGCAGUCACUAAUCUCGUUCCAUCACAAAUGCAGCACUCAUUUCGACUAAAGUAUUGCACCCAUUUUAUGAGGCACCUACUGAGUGCAGACCAGUACUUGAGUUUUUUAAGGAAUUUAAUGGACCCAGUGAUGCCAGAUUAGUGAUGGUCAACCUGUACUGACCUAUGAUUAAUUUAUUAUUUUUAUGUAAUAUAUUACUAGUACAGGUCUAGUGAAUAACUUCUCCCAGGAUAAUGGUAAAUGAUCUACACAGUAAUAUUUAACCAAAUACAUGGAUUUCUUAUAAGUAAUUUGUAUUGUAAUGUUGUUAUAUGCAGAGUUGUCACACAAGUCUGCUGAAAACAGUUUGCAAAUCUUUGUAGAGUUCUGCAAAACACAUGAAUGUGCCAGGAGAAAAUGAAUCAUUUGUAAAUUAUCCAGUACAACCUUCAUCUUAUAAUUGUGGAUAAUUGUAAGAUUUGUAUAGGGAUGCACAGUGAUCUGUGAAUGUCCAGAAAUGAACAUAUUACAGUAAUUCCUUUGUUGGUGUAAUAUAUUUUGUAUUCUGUUUCUUGUAUAUACAUAUAUAACAUUCAAGACUUAUUCUGUAAAUUAAGGUUUUAAUUUUUCAUGUGAGCAACUAAACUCUUAAAUGUCUUAAAGGAAGUAAAAACAGUUGACAAAUACUGCCAGUGUUUUAAAAAAAAAAAAUGCUAAUUAAUCUUCCAGGUUAGAAACCUCUUAACUUUUGGUUUACACACAAACCAUUGUAUUUAUAGCAUUUGUAAUACUGCACUGUAGAUUUUUUUUGUAUCCAGUAUUAUUUUAAAAUUUAUUUAUCUAAAUUGAAGCAAAAAUAAAGAGAAUAUAUUUAAA